CCAUUCAACAAGUAUCAGUUUGUCGAGCCAAGCCGGUAGAGGCGGUACCCAACUAUUAGCGAACCUCCGUAAAAGGUCAAACAGUUCAUCAAAUGUGUAUUAAACGUUGCCGACCAACAGUGCUGCCUCUCGUGAGCAAUUUAGUAAAGAGAACGUCACAAAAGUAGGGGGGUAUUACCAUUACCUGUGUGUGUAAAGUGGUACAGGUAAAUUUCUUACCCAUUAUUUGGUUAACAAACCAAAGUGAUUUGAGUGUACCUUGCUAGUUAUAUUUCGUAUAAAUUUGGUGAAUUAGAUACCUACAUGAAAUAUUUCAUAUUGCUGUUAGUCGCCCAGGCGGCGGUAUGUUUAAUACCGGUGCAACCCACGAGUUCAAAUUUUGCAUUGAUAAUUGCACUUGUAAAUUCGGCAAGCUACCAAGCCUAUUACAAAUAAUUAACUGUGCUAAGCCCUUAGUACUAAAUGCCAAAACAUUCCAAUCUCUCAACAAGGCAGUGAUCAACGUCGUAAGCUUAGAAAAUUUGAUUAUUAACAAAAUUCAAGAAAAUGCAUUUAGUGAGUUCUCAAAUUUAGAUGACGUCAUUGUUCUUAACACAAAAAUAGGAUCCAUAGAUGCUAAAGCCUUUACCAACGUCACCAGGCUCAGAUUUCAAGAAUGCGGCUUCGAAGACAGCCCUGAUCUCUUUUCAGAAAAAUUGGAAGAGGUCCACUUUGGUAGCUGUAAUCUAGAAGAAAUUCCUAACCUCGAUGGAUUACUGAACCUCGCAUUUCUAAAUCUAACAGGCAAUUAUAUCAAAAAUAUUGAAGUAGAAGCUUUUGCUGAACUUUUCGAAUUAGAAGAACUGUAUCUCUCGAACAACGAAAUAUUUAAACUUCCAGCUACUAGUUUUAUCAACAAUCAGGAUCUUAUUACCCUAAAUUUGGAUAAUAAUCCACUUAAAUACUUCGCUCUUAAUACUUCUGACAGUUUAGAGACGUUGUCUUUAAAGAAUUGUAAGCUCGACAGUUUCGAUGAAGAAUCCACUCGUAAAUUAACUUCUUUAAACGAAUUGAUACUGAGUUAUAACAAUAUCAAGAAUAUUACUACCAAAUCUCUGAGCUACAUGAGCGAGUUAUCGGUUGUUGAUCUUUCUUACAACAAACUAACUAAAUUAGACGAUAAUAUCUUUUCUGCUAACAGUAAACUGAUCAAGAUCACUCUUGAUGGUAACAAUUUCCAAACUUUACCAGAUUUUUAUCUAAACAAUGACGAGUCCUUCUCCCUUUACACCUUCUCUUGCAAAUACUGUAAUUUGAAAGAAUUAUCUGCAUCAGUUUUUGAAAACAUGGAAGGCAUGAUUAACUUAGAACUUUCUCACAACAAAUUUAAGAAUGUUGACAAUCUUUUUGAAAAAAUAUCUAGUUUGAAGCUAUUAGACAUCUCCCACAACAUUAUCGAAUACUUAUCUCCACAGACAUUUGUGAAUAAUCGUAAUUUGGAAACGUUAAACAUCGCUGGUAACCCUCUGGUAUCUUUGAAUCCUGAAGUGUUCGCGAAUAAUCAUAUUCUGCGUGAAAUUGAUGCUAGGAAUGCUUCACUAAUUAUGUUAUGGUCUAAUUACAAUAAAGAAGUCCAGUCCCUACGCAAGAUUCUUCUUAGUGGUAACCAACUACAUACAUUAACUGAAGAUGACAUUAAAGUUAUGCCCAAAUUAGAAGCAAUAGACUUAAACUUAAAUCCGUUUUCCUUCAAUACGUCUUUAUGCUUAGUCUUACAACAUUUGGAAGAAAAUAAUGUACUCCCUAUUGAAUACACUAAGAAUAUUAACAAUGGUUUUGACAAAACCUUUGGUGAAGACAUCGACGGAUUCAGCACAAUGAAAUGGAGAGAUUUCCAUCAUGGCGUUUGUCCAGAUUACUAUACUCCGGCUCCUACUAAAGAAGUGCCAUACGAAAAUACUAAAUUUGUUCCCGUACCUGUAAAUAAAAUCGAAACUUUAGACGAAAAUGAGGAUAAUGACGACGAUGAUGAUUCUUCCGAUUACGAUGAUGAUCAAUAUACUUACGACGAUACUGAAGACGAAACUUCUACUAGGAUGCUCAAAGAUGACAGCUCUCUUGCUAGAGCUACCUAUAUUCUAUCAGUUACUUCAGUUUUCGUUUUAAGUGCUUUAGUAGUACUAACAAUUGCUGUAACGAUAACCUUGUGCGUUCUCCGUAGGAAUAAUAGAUUUGAGAUGCAGAGAGCAAACCUACCUCGUCUGAAGAUUCCGCUUUGGAAUACAAUGUCGGGACAAAAGAAACAUAGUGGAUCUGUGUACAGGCCUUUAUCUGAAGAUCUUUCUGGUCCGAAGACGCCAAAAUUAAGUCGCUACGAGUUCACAACUGCCCCAGUAGUCCAUACAGCUUAAGUAGUUAUUCAAUAAAUUUAUUUAACGACGUAAAUUUCUAGAGCGCACUGGAUACUUAUUGUUUAAUAUGUAAAUAAUCCUUGACUACCCCAUUAUUGAUUUCUUAUGGGAUAAGAAUAAGCAAUAGUGUUGUGUAGUCCUACGAAUAAUACAGGUUGAUUUUGCAUUUUUCUUACAUUAAAUACUAUCUAGAUAAGCAAUAAAGACACACAAUUUGUGAGAUUGAUAAAAAAAAAAUAACCUCUAGAGUACAUGCAUAUGACGUAUCUUAAAACUCUUUUUUUAAUAUUAAUCAACAUUUGGAAGAGCUGUACUUAAACAUUAAGUUAACCAUUUUAAAGAGUUUUUGGAUAUUGAAUAUGUUGACGUAAAUAUUAAAAAUAUUUUAACUAAUUUUAACUUAGACCUAUGGUUACUUCCGAUACAUUUUUACACUGGUAAAUUAGCACAUUAGUAAAUUGUUUAUAUAUUUAAUGUUAUUGCGCUUAUAGAUUAGAAUAAUUGUUAGUUUUAACAGAUCACUAAGUUACUUAAUCCAUUGCCAUAUAUAACUUCUACAGCUCUUCGUAAUAUAUUCUGAAAUUCAAUGAACUGUUUUACUGUAUAACAAAAAAAUUGUUAUCAAUAAAUUUUUAUCGAAGUAUUAAGUUUUUAUAGUUACAAAC